UGUUGAGACUCGCUGUUCUUUCAGUGUCGUUAUCCAUAACAAUAUUCCUAUCAUUGUCACUGCUUGUACUAUCGACCUGUGUAAAUCAUCUGGGUAUGUUUCAACAUCGCCGUUCGGAGUUGCUAAAUUCAUCAUCACCUCUGAUGCCAUUGAGGGUGUGCCGAGACUAUAGAAAUAUAAUGCGAAUAUGAACGGGCAUUACAUGUCGAGGACGAUACAAUGCUGUGUGGUCUCUUUUUAUUCUCUUGAGGUGGUAAUUGUAUAUGUUCAAAGUGUCCUAAAAUUUCUGUCCCCAGAGGAAAAUCUUGUUCUGAUUUUGAGGUUCUUAAAUUUUUCUCAUGAUGUUUGCAUUGUGGAUUCAUUUUAUUCCAAAAUAAAGAUAGUUCGCUUUUAUAGUUUUGAAUUUUCUCAGUUUGUCCUCUUACUAGCAUACUUUCAUGUUCUGUUGUUCUGUUCUUCUCUAACAGGUAAUUAUUUUUUACACUGUCAUUUACAGAUGAAGAAGAAUGACCAUCUUUGAACAAAGAGUUAGGUGUUUCUAAAUGAGAUGAUGUCUUACUCUGUUUUCUUAAUGCUUUCUUUCUGUUGCCUGAUGGAGGGUUUCGAGUAUAAGAUCGUUCAUCGACUGAAAUGUUUCGACUGCUGGCACCUGACAAUUUCCUUUUUCUUGUUCAAGGUGUCCUAAAAUUCUUUUCCCCAGAGGAAAAGCUUGUUCUGAUUUUGAGAUUCUUAAACUUUCCUCAUGCUGUUUGCAUUGUGGAUUCAUUUUAUUCCAAAAUAAAGAUGGUUCGCUUUUAGACUUGAAUUUUCUCAGUUUGUCCUCUAUCCACCAUACUUUCAUGUCUUGUUCUGUUCUUUUCUAAAAAGUAAUUAUUUUUGAUGCUGACAUUUACAGAUUUUUCAUUAAUUUGAAGCCAACUGUCACAUUUAUCCUGGUCUCCAUAAUUGCCAAUUGUGGUUUUAGUUUUUUAAACUUAUUGUUUGAGCAGUAUUGAAUUGGUGUGGUGAGUGUACUGGAACUACAGGAGGAUGUGUCCUGUCAGAGUCAAAGCCAACCUUUUCACUUGAAUCGUGUCGAAACGUUUUGUCAAUAUGAUUUACUUGGUUAGACAAAUUUUUGGGUAAAAUAUUGUAUUCAGGAAUUAUUUUUGAUCUAGGUUCUCUGAUUUCUUUGCUUUCGCAAGUAGUCAAAAUGUCGUUAUGGUUUCUGUUUUUUAAUUUAUAUUAUAUAUAAAUAAAUGUUAUAUUUUUUUAAUUGGGAUACUCUCAACAGAACCUCUGCUGAGCUUCGUUAAUGCUGAUCUAUCGCAUUGCUGAUCUUGCUCUAACAAAUCUGCCAAUAUUAUUGGUUCUUCCUCCUGUCCAAAUGUCCUGAAUGUGUUAGAGGGAAUUUGAAACAAUCCAGCAGUUUUCUCUUAAGUUUCUUUUAACUUUUGUGGUGGUUUAAUUUCAUCUUGUAAGUAUAAGCCAUCUUCUGUUUGUGUUGACAAUGGUUUUACACUUGGUGUGUAGGGCUGUUUUUGGAAUCAAAGCUUACAUUUAGUCCUUGGACAUACUUGGUGUCUUCAUUUAGUAACUGUUUGCUGCUAAUUUGUGAUUUGUCAUCUGAAAGCUCUUCAUUUUUAACAAAUGUCUGUGUCUCAUGUAAUGUGGAAGUUGAUGUUUCUGAUUGGCAGAAAUGUUUACCGACACUUUUUACUUGGUUCCCUUUCUUUAAAGGCUCACUCUCGCAUUCAGUUAACAAUAAAUUUCUCCUUAUUUGCUUAUAUCUCCUUUCGACUGAUGUUUCGGUUGUUUGGUCCCCUCCAUUUUCUUGCAAAUGAAAUCCUUUAGAAUUUACUCUCUGUUCAGAAAUAUUGUGGCAUCUGCUCACAUCUUUCCUAUUCAAUUGUUCUGUAUCACACAACCGUUCAGAGCUACAAUCAUAAUUUGAAUUUCUAACAUUGUUUUCUGUACAAGAUUUGCCUUUCCUACGAAUGGGUGGAAGGUACUUUUUAUUCGGUUGUACUAAAUUUGACUGAACUGCAUUUAUGAUAGCAAUAGUCUCUUUUGAGCUUAUUCAGAACUUGUGAUAAACCAUCAUGUUCUUUUGGAACAUUCAUUAAUUGGUAUGUCUCAACUAGCCUUUUAAGGUUUUCGGCUUCAACAGAUUGGCUUUGUAGUCGAUUUGUUUGAGUUGAUUUUUGUCCUGUUGGAAUUCUUUUCCUUUUCUUGUCAAGCAGUUUAUUCUGGGUCAUUUUUGUCAAGUCAGUACGUCUCAUUUCUGCCAUUUCUUAUGUGUUAUACUAUUACUUUGAUCUUCUACUUACUAGUACAUUUGUACUCUUUUGACGAGAAUUAUUUGACAUUCUGUCUUUUGAUUAUAGUCCACUAUGAAUUUUUUUACUCGGGAUCUCUUCAUUUGUCAUUCAUUAUAUCUGUAGAUGUAUAAGCUUUUGUUCUUUUAACAUUUUUGUUUGGCAUCUUUUGUCUUUGUACCUUCUUCCCUCGUUUAUACUCUGACCAAAGUGAAUUUACCCCCUGUAGAAAUGAUCGCAAAACAUCUAAAUUUCUCUCCUCGUCUUUGUUCAAUCGUUUCAUCAAGCCAUUUAAUCGUUCGACACUGGAGGUCAUACUAAAGUUUCCACUUCCUUUUGAUAUGUUUAAAUUUUGAAUGCAGGGUCACUAAACGAGAAUAAACUUCUUUUAACUUUUUAAUAUCUGCUGUUGUUACUUCGAGUAUCGAUGCUGAGCAAUGUUGAUCACACGAUGCCAUCACAUCCUUAGGAUAAGUGCAACCCUUACCAGAAAGGUCAUCCAAGUUUGGGUUUUUGCCUCAAUGCUUCCAGAAUCGUCCAUUUUUCUCUUCAGUAAUUCUUCAGCUUAGAUGACAUUUUGCUCAUUGUAUUUUUAUCGCUCCUAUCUUUUUGGUUAUUUAAAUAAUGCUGGUUAUAGCAAGUCAGCACCAGUGGAUAGCUGUUAGUUAAAUUACUCAUUUCUUGAAUUUCACACUUACCAUUGCUGUUCGGGCUCGUUUCCUUCAGCAAAGCACCUGAUUUGUGACGUACACUAUACCCCUCUAUCUACAACCCCUAUCUUCUCAUAAUCCCCAAUCUUAACACGCUUCCCUUGUUUUUCCUCAAAAAUCCGUCCCUUCCAGCCUUUUUGGCUAUCUUCUCUGCCACCUCUUGGAGCGUGCAUCCCAUCUCCCAACCGCAUGGUCCCAAACCUAUCAUUGCCAUUUUCCCUUAAUAUCUCAUCUCCCUUUAUCCGUAUACCAUCAUCAUUAUCCCCGGAAGACAACAUCAUCUCACUGACAUCGCCACCUGGAUUGCAUCAUCCCAUUGCCAUCACCAGGCCAGUGCGCUGCAUCAUGCUAAUCAUCGCUGCAUAUCGCCUAUAUAUCUUCUAGUCUGAGCAGCCCACCAUGUGGUUUACUUCGCAGUAUUACUACGCAGUGAGUCGAGCUCCAAUACGAUCAUCAUCCAUCUUGUAAGCCACAGAAAUGUCACUAAAUAGUCCGGUAAAACUUCAGUAAUAGAUCUUAGUCUUGCAAGCCCAACUCUGCAACCCAUUUUGAAAUGGAUCAGAACUUCAAAGUAAUAAUACAACACAAAAGACGGGACAUACUGAAGCAACUGAAAAGACAUGUCCUGACUCAACGAAAAUGUCGAAGAAUAAACUGCUAGACAAGAAAAGGAAAAUAAUUCCAACUGGACAAAAUUCAAAUCAUCAAACUCGACAACAAAACCAAUCUCGUGAAGCACAAGCCAUCAACGAGACAGUUCAGACGCACAAAUUAAUAAAUCCGGUAAAAGAACACGAUGGUUUAUCGCAAAUUCGGGAUAAGCUGACAGAGUCUAUUGCUAUCAUAAAUGCAGUUCAGUCAAAUUUCAUACAAUCGAAUAGAAAGUACCUACCACCGAUUCGUAGGAAAGACACAUCUUGUCCAGAAAACCAUGUAAAAAAUGCAAAUUAUGAUAGUAGCUCUGAACAGUUGUGUGAUACAGAAAAAUUGAAUAUGACCGAAACAUCAGUUGAAAAGAGAUAUCAGCAAGUAAGGACAAAUUUGUUUUUAACUGACUGUGAGCGUAAGCCUUCAAAGAAAGUGAACUAUGUAAAACAUGAUGGUAAAUACUUGUGCCAAUCAGAAACAUCAACCGCCACAUUACACGAGAAUGAGACUUUUGCUAAAAAUGAAGAGCUUUCAGAUGACAAACCACAAAUUAGCAGUAAACGGCUACUACUAAAUGAAGACACAAAGUGUGUCCAAGGACUAAAUGCAAGUUUUGAUUCUAAAAACAAUCCUACACACCAAGGAUUGUUUCAAAUUCCCUCUAACACAGUCAGAACAUUUGGACAGGAGGAAGAAGCAAUAAUAGUGGCAGAUUUGGUAGAGCAAGAUCAGCAAUGUGAUAGAUCUGCAUUAACGAAGCUCAGCACAGAUUCUGUUGAGAGUCCACUUGAAAAUAUAUCAGAACAGAACCAUAACAACAUUUUGACUGCUUGCGAAAGCAAAGAAAUCAGAGAAGCCGAUUUGAAAAUAAUUCCUGAAUACAAGAGUUUACCCAGAAAUUUGUCUAAUCAAGUAAAUCAUAUUGACAGAACAGUUCAAUAUGAUUCGAGUGAAAAAGAUAGUUUUGACUCUGAUGGGACACUUCCUCCUGUUGUUCCAGUACACAUGCCAAGCCAAUUCAAUACUGCUCAAACAAUAAGUGCAAACACCAAAACCACAAUUGGUAAUUAUGAAGACCAGGAUAAAUGUGACAGUUGGCUUCAAAUUAAUAAAAAACAACAGGUAUCUAACUUGGAACUUUUAGAAAACAGUAGAAAUGAUCAAAGAGGUAGUGUGGAAUUGUCAUAUACAGCUAACAAGAAGGAGCUAGUAAGGAUGAAUAUAGAUGCUCAUAAGUCUUGUCAAAGGAAACCACCAAAUUACAUUGACUUUGACCAUUUACAUUCAUGUCAAGCGACUCGAGGUUAUUAUUCACCAACAAUCGCUUCGACUGAUGUGGAAUUAGACCUAUUGAAAAUGUCCUUCUUGUCAACUGCUGCCACAUCGAACCUUAACAAAAAAUGUCUGAAACAAAGAAGUGAUCAAGAAGUGAAACAUCAGAGAUUAUGCAACAGCAAAAAUAAAGCAACGCAAUAUGAAGGUGCAUCAAAUUGCAAAGACUGGGGAACAUUGCACCACACUUCAGUUCAGACUGUAUCCCUUGAGCCGACUAGUAAAUGUGACCGACUUGUGCAAACAGAGGAAGUAACACUCGUAAGUCAAAAUUCUCAAACGGUGCUAAAACCACCACCUCGUAGAUUAACAUCCCACGUAUUUGUAACUGUGGACUUAACGGGAAGGAAAACAAGAGGACGGCCCCUAGCCAAACAUAGAAAGAAUUUUACUAAAGGUCAAAUGCAGAUGGCACGACUAAAAAGGACUGUUUAUUUUCCUACUAGGACAAAAGGCUCUGACAUUAUUAAUAUACAGAAGAGUACAGCAAAUCCUGAACUUUGUCCUUUGACUUUAGAGUUGCAAAAUGGAGAUCCGGAACUUUCAAAAGCCCAGGAAGAGUUUUUAGACAACGAACAGCAAUUAUCGCCAAUAAGGAUAUACCAACCUUCAAAAUCGGCCACUAGAGAUACCUAUCUGACAGAUAUCUUAAGCAACCAGCCUCGUGAAUUUCCAAAUUUCAACCAUGAAGAUGAUAAACUUGGUUCUGUUACGACUCCAGCAUUAUUUCGUUUUAAGUCCAGGUCUGUUCCAACUGUCGUAUCAAGGAGCGGAAUGAAAGAGGAAUGCAUGAAAGCUAAGUCUGCUUUGGAAAUUGACCAUAAAGCCAAUAUAUUUCAAAGUGCAACUAAACCAAGUAGAUUACCCAUUUCAUUACCUCCAGCGACUGAUGACUGCUGUUUGCUGCAUAUUUCACGAUCACCAUUCACGUUAACUAAUCAAGGUGGUGAUUUUGUUGACAACAAAUUGAAGACUGCACCUCAGGAUGAACAGCUGGCCAAAAUGCAGGGUACUGGUUCGCCUGUCUAUCCCAACGAGUUGCAAGAAAAAGGAAAUGGUUAGGUGCCAGCAGUCGAAACAUUUCAGCCAAUGAACGAUCUUGUACUCGAAGCCCUCCAACAGGCAACAGAAAGAAAGCAUUAAGAAAACAGAAUACAUUGCAAUGUAUGAGGGGAAUUAAUCUUCUUGUUCUCUAGCAGCUUGAUGAAGACAUCUUAUAGCGAGAAACGAAGCUGGAGCAAAUCCACAGGUGAAAAAGAACGGCCAUCAUUGGAUGAAGAGUAUGGUGUUUCUAAAUUAUAUGAAGUCUUACUCCUUCCUUCCUUUUUUUGCCACCUGUCCAGAUAGAGUGAUGGUGGAAUGAUCAUUACUUUGGGCAUCUUCUUCGUUAUCCGGUGAACCCUGCGUUUGGUCCAACAGAGUUGCGAAAUGGAGAUCCAGAAGUUUCAAAAGCCCAGGAAGAGUUUUUAGACAACAAACAGCAAUUAUCGCCAAUAAGGAUAUACCAUCUUUCAAAAUCGGCCGCUAGAGAUACCUAUCUGACAGAUAUCUUAAGCAACCAGCCUCGUGAAUUUCCAAAUUUCAACCAAGAAGAUGAUAAACUCGGUUUUGUUUCGACUCCAGCAUUAUUUCGUUUUAAAUCCAGGUCUGUUCCAACUGUUGUAUCAACGAGCGGUAUGAAAGAGGAAUGCAUGAAAGCUAAGUCUGCUUUGGAAAUUGGCCAUAAAGCCAAUAUAUUUGAAAUAGGAAGUAAACCAAGUAGAUUGCAUAUUUCACGAUCACCAUUCACUUUAACUGAUCAAGGUGGUUAUUUUGUUGACAACAAAUUGAAGACUGCACCUCAGGAAGAACAGCUGGCCAAAAUGCAGGAUACUGGUUCGCCUGGUCUAUCCCAACGAGUUGCAAGAAAAAGGAAAUGGUUAGGUGCUAGCAGUCGAAACAUUUCAGCCAAUGAACGAUCUUGUACUCGAAGCCCUCCAACAGGCAACAGAAAGAAAGCAUUAAGAAAACAGAGUAAGACAUCAUCUAAUUUAGAGACAACUAACUCUUUGUCCAAAGAUGGUCAUUCUUCUUCAUCUGUAAAUGACUGUGUAAAAAAUAAUUACUUUUUAGAGAAGAAUAGAACAAGACAACAUGAAAGAAUGGUUGACAGAAGACAAACUGACAAAAUUCAAAAGUAUAAAAGCGAACUAUCUUUAUUUUGGAAUAAAAUGAAUUCACAAUGCAAACAUCAUGAGGAAAAUUUAAGAAUCUCAAAAUCAGAACAAGAUUUUCCUCUCGGGACAGAAAUUUUAGGACACGUUGAACAUACACAAUUACCACAUCAAGAGAAUAAAAAGAGACCAAACAACACUGUAUUGUCCUCGUCAUGUAACGCCCGUCCAUAUUCACAUUCUGUUUCUAUAGAGUCUGAUGCUGAAACAUACCCAGAUGACUUUACACAGGUCGAUAGUACAAGCUGUGACAACGAUAGGAAUAUUGUUAUGGAUAGCGACACUGAAAAAACAGCGAGUCUCAACUUUAAAAUUAAUGACGACACAAUCUCUUUUAUUCCCAGUUCAUCAAAAAUUUCAGUUGCACAGCAAAGAAUCUCUAGUCCCGAUCAUGAAUUCACACCUGGGCUUAAAAAAAUUCAGCAGUUAAAGAUGCCGCUAAAAAUUGGUGCAGAAAAUGCAGAAAUUAUAAUAUAUUAUUCAAAAAAAGGUUCUACCAUCAAUGACAGCACUGGUAAUGAAAAAAAGGACAUUUUACUAAGCGAAACAAUAGGAUCAUUCAAGGAUAUGCUAAAUUGGAUGUUUCAAUCCGUUUUUUCACCUACAUCUGACGAACAUCCAACACAAACUAUUUCUACUUCCAAAGUGAACGACACAAUCAAUUUCACCCCACAAACUGAACCGGUGCAUGUGUAUCAAUUUAAGGCUACACCAACCACCUGCAUCCAACGUUAAUAAUCUUUGAUGAUUAAUAAAUAAAUGUUAACUAUAA